UUCUCCAAUAAACUUGAGCGAACUUCUCCCUCGAUUUGAUAGGGGUUCUACAUUAUUUUACCACUAUACGUAACCGCAGAUUUCUAACAAUUUGGUGCUGUGAGCCGUAUGGUUGGAGAUUUUGAUUCUACCAAAAACGACUGUUCUUCGCUGGAGUUCCUGUGACGAAGCUGGCUGCGCGCACCCGCAAGGGAGUCGACUUUGUUCCUGUUUCCUGUGAACAACUGAAAAGUUGGUGACGUGGAUGUGUCAGCCAACCACACAUUGAUACUCCGGGAGAACUACAUUGCAUCUGAUGAAGGCUACAUUCCAGACACGCCAACCACAGUCUCACUGACCACUGGACACACCUAACCAUCUGUAGCUCCUGAUAUUGUGACUGGACAUUCAAUUGCUGUUGUAGUUUGUAGAAUCUAUAGCAUGAAUGGUGUAGUUGAUUUUUUCUUAUGUCAUUACUGAGCAUCUUGCAAAAGGACAUUUGUGAUCUAGAUUAUUUAGUCAUUGUAAUAUUUGUUUUCUUUUGAUUUUCUUAUUUUGUAAUUAAUUUGCAUUAAUUUGUCAAUGAUGUUGUGUUUUCUGAUAUUUUUUAUGACAGGGGUGGUUGGGUCUGCAGGGGACAUCAGUGCUUCUAGUCAUGUGGAUGGGCAUUUCGGUAUUAACACAUUUUUAGCAUUGUCGUUGAAGUAUGCACAGACGGUGAAUCAAAGCAGCUGCUGGGUGUGUACUCACACUCCCUUCACAGCUAUAGGUCGUAUUCCCUUAGGUGUCAUUCCGUUUACUCAGAGUGAAAUGUUGGGUGUUUGGAAACAUGCCGAUUGGUUCAAGAGAGUCAUGUCUAAUAAUUGGGGUCCAGCCAUUGGUUAUAGAGGGGCUGACCCCACUGACAUUUGUUACAAGGAUGUCUCUAGUCCAGGGUGUCCUACUAUUCAGACCUAUAUUGACAGUUUAGGUGUUGAGGUAGAGUCGUGGAGGGGUGCAUACCUGCCUCCAUUUAACACUACAAGCUUUUCGUUUUUAGGCCUACCUCCACGUCUAGUGGUCACAAGACCUCCGGAUGGAUGGUUGUGCAUUGAAAGGACCCCGUCUGCUGUGUUACGUCGACAGUGGAUGUCUAUGUUUGUCAAGGUGGGCUGGAGUCAGUGUAGUCAAAUUGCAGACCUUUCUGCUUGUGAUGGUAGCGAUUUUUCUUUAUGUACAAUGUCUGCCAAUCUGACUCUCAGUAAUGGAUCUGUUGCUGGCUUCCAUGCCAACGCUCUGGGUAACAUCGGGUCUACUGGAAUGGUUGCACCGAAUGGUACUUAUUUUAUCUGUGGCCCUAAUGCCUAUGCCAUGUUACCUCCUUUCUGGAUGGGUUCGUGCUAUCUGGGAUAUGUGGUCCCUCAUAUUAGACAUAGUUUGGAACCUCCGUUUGCCAAGUUACAUAGACGAAGUAUCUCGGAGUCUGAGCGAUUCUUUGCCAUAGCUUUUCCUUCCUAUGGUACGGCCAAAUUGGCGCAGGAAGUGAUCACCAUGGCCAGUUCAUUAGAGGCCUUGGCUAAUUUGACUGCUGAUGGCUUUACGGGUAUGUCAGCGGAAAUGGUGGCUAUGCGUACUGUGGCGAUGCAGAAUCGUGUGGCUUUGGAUUACUUAUUGGCGGCGCAGGGAGGUACAUGUGCUGUUGUAGGUGCUGAAUGUUGUACGUAUAUUCCUGAUGAGACUGAUGGUGUUUAGGAUCUGGCUAUCGUUGCGUGUGUGAUGGUCUUUUGCCUCCUUUUCCAGUUGUUCCGUUGCUGUGUCUCUCGGUGUCUUGCUGCUCGUGUCCGUCGUGCUGUCAUGUCGGAACUGCGUCCCCAUUCACAUCUAACAUGCCCCUAUGAUGAUUGUAGGUGGUGUUCACCAGGGGGGUGUCGGUUGCGGGAUGACCACCUUUGUGGUGUCCUUCCUUCUGUUUGUGGUCUGUGCUCUCGCCAAGGUUGCUUGUUGUGUAAUGACUGCCCUUGUGCUCCUCUGCGUGCCUGUGCUGUUCUCGACCGCUUCCAUCCUGAUCAUUCUGUUUUAUUUUUUGUCUAACUUUUAUCUUUUGGACUAUGUUUUAGUGCCUUACCCGUGCAGUUAGGUGUGGGUUAUGUUUCUUUUUCUUUUUUGUGUUAUCAAAAUGUCUUGUUUUUCUAUAUUGACAAGGGGGGAGUGUGGAAUCU